AUGAAGAAAUGCCACGAACUCUACCUAAUAAACAUCCUAAAAAUCGAGCCAGUCUGUUCUGUCUCUUCCAGCAUCAAAUCUGGCAGACCUGGAAGCACACAGAAAAUGGUAGAAAGUCUGCUAGACUUUGACGUGCAUCAGUUGUCAGUAUUUGCUUCAGUGACUGCAGGUUCCGUGUCCCCGGCUGGUGACGGCCAGCUCUUCAUGGUCUGCUGUGCUGUGUGUCGGCAGAUAAAGGUACCUCGUGCAAAGAUGUCAAAUGCAUUGCCAUUUAUCUUGCUCUUCAUAUUCCCAAUGCUGCUGUCAGGGGCUUGGUUUCCCAAAACGUUACCCUGUGAUGUUAAAUCCUCAGAAGGUACCGUGACAGUGGACUGCACUGACCGGCGCCUUACAGAAGUCCCCAGAGGGAUCCCCGGAAACGCUACCAACCUUACCCUGAGCAUUAACCAUAUUCCCCACAUCUACCCAACAACCUUCAACCAUCUUGAAAGCCUCGAGGAGAUUGACUUCAGAUGCAACUGUGUGCCUGUCAAACUGGGGCCCAAAGAUCGUGUGUGCAGCAGCCCGCUGAAGAUUGAGAACGGCAGUUUUGCUGCCCUGACCAGUUUGAGGUCGUUGUAUUUGGAUGCAAACCAGCUGGCAGAAAUACCCCGAGGUCUUCCUGCCACUUUAAGCCUGCUAAGCCUGGAAGCAAACAGUAUCUUUUCUAUCCAAGAAGCCAGUUUCUCAGAGCUAGGCAACAUAGAGGCGUUGUACCUUGGACAGAACUGUUACUACCGCAAUCCAUGCAAUGUUUCAUUUGAAAUUGAGAAAACAGCCUUUCUGGGGCUGAAGAAGUUGACAAUACUAUCCCUGAAGUCCGACAACUUAACACAAAUUCCACCCACUGUACCUCGUGCAAAGAUGUCAAAUGCAUUGCCAUUUAUCUUGCUCUUCAUAUUCCCAAUGCUGCUGUCAGGGGCUUGGUUUCCCAAAACGUUACCCUGUGAUGUUAAAUCCUCAGAAGGUACCGUGACAGUGGACUGCACUGACCGGCGCCUUACAGAAGUCCCCAGAGGGAUCCCCGGAAACGCUACCAACCUUACCCUGAGCAUUAACCAUAUUCCCCACAUCUACCCAACAACCUUCAACCAUCUUGAAAGCCUCGAGGAGAUUGACUUCAGAUGCAACUGUGUGCCUGUCAAACUGGGGCCCAAAGAUCGUGUGUGCAGCAGCCCGCUGAAGAUUGAGAACGGCAGUUUUGCUGCCCUGACCAGUUUGAGGUCGUUGUAUUUGGAUGCAAACCAGCUGGCAGAAAUACCCCGAGGUCUUCCUGCCACUUUAAGCCUGCUAAGCCUGGAAGCAAACAGUAUCUUUUCUAUCCAAGAAGCCAGUUUCUCAGAGCUAGGCAACAUAGAGGCGUUGUACCUUGGACAGAACUGUUACUACCGCAAUCCAUGCAAUGUUUCGUUUGAAAUUGAGAAAACAGCCUUUCUGGGGCUGAAGAAGUUGACAAUACUAUCCCUGAAGUCCGACAACUUAACACAAAUUCCACCCAAUUUGUCGUCUACGUUAAGGGAAUUGUAUAUUUACAACAACAUGAUUCAAGAGAUUCAGGAAGAGGAUUUAAGUGGCGUUCCCAACCUAGAAAUUCUCGACCUAAGUGGCAAUUGCCCACGUUGCUAUAAUGCCCCAUAUCCUUGCAUUCCCUGUCCCAAGAGCUCAAUUCAGAUCCAUUCAAAGGCGUUUGACUCCUUGGAGAAUUUAAGGAUUUUGCGACUUCACAGUAACUCUCUUCAGAGCAUACCCAGCAGCUGGUUUAAAAACAUGAAGAAUCUCCAAGAACUUGACCUCUCCCAAAAUUUCCUCAUGAGGGAGAUUGGAGACGCUCAGUUUUUGACAUUUAUCCCCAGCCUUGUGCAGCUUGAUCUGUCCUUUAACUUUCAACUGAAGAUGUAUUCUCCUUACUUGAAUCUUUCUAAGACAUUUUCUUCACUCUCUAACCUGGAAACCCUGAGACUCAAGGGUUAUGUCUUUAAAGAAUUGAGAGCACGAGAUCUACGUCCACUGCUCAGUCUUAGGAAUCUAACCAUGUUGGAUCUCGGGACUAAUUUUAUUAAAAUUGCAAACCUGACAGUGUUUGAAGAAUUCCCAGCUCUUAAAUUCAUUGAUCUCUCGGUGAAUAAAAUUUCUCCUUCUUCAGGGGAGAGCAACUUGCAUGGAUUUUGCUCUAGCCCUGGCAUUUCAGUCGAGCGGUACAACGGGCAAGUACAACAAGAGAUGCAUUAUUUCAGGUAUGAUUUUGCUUGUGAAGAGCUCCAGGUGACUUCCAGUAGCUCUGUGAAAACUGCCUCCAUUUUGACAGAAUUUAAAGCCACGGGGACAGAAAAUGGUGAGGGGUUUGGUGUUGAAUUCUCUCUGCUGCCUCGUCUGUGCCUGGAUUCUGGUGUGAAGAUCUGA